GCUCAGCGCCGAAUUCGGGGUGACCUGGCUGACAUGAAGGGACCUGUCCCCAUCCAGCACGCCAUGGCAAGUGACACGGAGCCCUCCAACGCCAUCAAACUGCUGCACCUGCUUGUCCUCUCCACCUCCUGGGGAAUGCAGGUCUGGGUGACCUUCGUGGCCGGCUUUGUGAUGAGCAGGCGCCUCCCUCGCCACACCUUCGGCUCCAUCCAGCGCGAGCUCUUCCCCUACUACUUCCACAUCAGCUCCACCUGUGCCUUCCUCAACCUGACCCUGUUUGCCAUGUCCCACCCCAGCGAGCAGCUCAGCCAGGAGCACAAGACCCAGAUCAUCAUCUUCCUCGUGUGCAUCGCUGCCUCUGUGCUGAACACGCAGUGCUUCGGGCGGGUGGCCUCCGACCUGGUGGCUGAGCUGCAGCAGGUGGAGAACAGCCACGGGCUGGGGCAGGAGCAGGAGCUGGGGCUGGCAGCCAGCGAGUCCCGCAGGCAGCUCCGUGCCUCCAACCCCAGGUACAGGCGGCUGGCGCGGAGCUUCGCCCUCCACCACACUCUGUCCUCGCUCUGCAACCUCCUGUGCAUCCUGUGCAACGGGCUGAGCCUGCAGCACCUGGCUGGCCAGCUCUCUGCCCUCUGA